CUAAGAGUGAGUUAGAUGAUAUAGAUCUAUAUAUAUAUAUAUAUACUAAAUUAUGCUUACUUAAUUGGAUGGACUUAGUGUUGGAUUGUCUGAAUUGGCAUAAAAUUUAUUGAUUUGGUGCUUUCUAAAUAGACAAUCUUAGUCUUAGUUAGUUCACUUUUGCUAGUUUCUGGCCAUCUAUAAAUUGUUUCCAGUUCCAUGAUUACUCUUUGAAGAUUCCUUUAUUUGAGGCAGUCAUGCUUCUAUAGUCUUCAUUAUACUCUGUGAGUGUUGAACAGGCCCGGAUCUGUACAAUAUCAUAUAUAGAUGUGUCUCCUCUAACACUUUCUUUGUGUAGGGCGUAUCUAUAUUAGCAUGCCAGAGUAUAUUAUGCUAAACAUAUUGGAGCCAGGAUACAGUCUUGCUUCACACUAUUUGUGAUAGUGUUAAGAACUAAAAGAGUUGCCAUGGUCCAUCAGCACUAUGGAACAACCAAUCACAGAACAGAGUAAUCCUCUUUCCAGCAAUAUAGAUGUUGCUUCAUCAGAAGAAAUAGUUCAGAUUUUGUAUGCUUGUGAUCUAGAGAUCUUUCAUGGAUGGAAGAAUAGCCAGGGCAUCAAAGACAAAGGAUUGAUAGAUAAAAUAGAAAAUUUGGCUAAAAAAAUCUCUAAUGUCAUUGAGAAACCUGGUGGAGGUAUAGUCAUUAGUGGUUGUGGCACAUCAGGAAGGAUUGCUUUUCUAACAGCAAGGACAUUCAACUGUUACUUGAAGUCAAAAGGCAAAGAAGAAUGUUUCCAGUACAUAAUAGCUGGAGAUGACAAGGCAUUAUUUACCUCCAUUGAACUAGCAGAAGAUGACCCAGUUGUUGGUGCAGAAAAAUUAAAUCAGGUCUGUAAGGAGAAAGCCAGCGUUGUUUAUAUUGGUGUUACCUGUGGUCUGUCGGCUCCAUUUGUGGCAGGUCAGCUCGACCUUUGUUUGUCCCAGCCAGAGAAGUACACACCUGUAUUGAUUGGAUUUAACCCUGUAGAGUUGGCAAGAAAUCUUGAUAUUGAAAAAUGGGAUAAAACUUUCUUGCAAGUUGCUCAAAAUUUAGAAAUUGCAGAGAAACAACAAAAAGCUUUCAUUUUAAAUCCUGUUAUUGGGCCUGAGCCUAUCACAGGCUCUUCAAGAAUGAAGUCAGGAACCACAACAAGAAUUCUAUUGGAAGUGUUAUCUCUCUUUGCUAUUCAGAAAGACAUUAAACUAAGUAUUGAAGAGCUCAUGUCCAUGUAUGAAUCAGUCUGUAACUGUGUGUAUAAACAGUCCCAUCACCUUGGUUCACUCAUAGAUUUAGCUGGUGCAAGUUUGAAUUCUGGUGGGAAUAUCUAUUACCUGGGCUGUGAAGGCUUUGGUCUAAUGGCCAUGAUUGAUGCAUCUGAGUGUCCACCUACCUAUGGUGCAUCUUUUCAUGAUAUUCGUGGUUUUGUGACUGGAGGAUUUUCUGCUUUAAACAAUAAUGAUGGUGACCUAUCGAAUUUGGGUUCACAGUAUCAAAUCUCUGUGGAAGACUUUGAAAGGGAAAUUCUGCCUGCCAUCACGUCAGAUGAUCUAGUCGUGCUCCUUGGUGAAGAUAUUUUCCAAAGAAGUAGUAAGUCAUUAUUAGAUCUACCUUGCAAGAAGGCCUAUGUAACAUUCCAGUGGGAUCAGACAAGCACUAGUUCAACAUGUGUGGAGUUUGGUCUGGCCUUAAGCAUAGCUCUGAAUGCUCCUCUGGUGGACAGGAUCUCCCCAGAUUGUAAAUUUCUAGUCAUGCAGCUGCUGGAAGAAGUCUCCCUCAAGUGGGUGGUCAACAGCCUGUCCACUGGUGCCCACAUCCUGAAGGGUAAAGUCUGCCAGAACAUGAUGAUUGAUGUGAAGGUCAGCAAUAGUAAACUGUUUCAUAGAGCUGUGGGGAUAGUCCAGAAUUAUAGUAGUCUCAGCCAUGAGGAGAGCUGCCACUGCUUGCUGAAGUCAAUCUAUGACACUGACAUACUGACAGAGGAGCAGACGUCCGCCCCUGUAGUCAGUCACAUCAAUGCUGCCUCUCAAAAGCUUAUGGUUGUGCCUGUUGCUAUUUUGAUUGCUAAACUUUCUUGUUCAAUCAAGUCUGCUAAAGAAAUGAUCUCAUGUCAGCCUGUGUUGCGUAAAGUGUUGAUCCAGAAAGACUGUUCUGCGUAACUUGUUGGACGACCUAAUUGAACUGAUCCAGCAUCUGACUAUUGCAGCAUAAAUCAUAUGCUUUCAUUUUACAAUUAAUUAUUCUGUUUACACUCCUCAGGGUUGUUAAUUUAUAUGUGUUUUUUUUAAUCAAUAUGUUAUGAAAUCAGAAUGUUACUUUUUUUUUUCUUUACAUUAAAUCUUGCCUAUGAUAUGAUAUUAAUACACAUAAUAACACAACACUCUAUAACAAGGGUAAGUCAGAAAAAUUAAAAAUUAACUUGAGCUGUUGCUUAGCAUAGGAUUUAGUCUGUUUAAACAUUGCCAGAUGUAUCUGUGUUCAUUUUUUUCUUUUUUAAAGAGUGAUAUGUUAAUGUGUGUAUUAAUUUCAAUUACCUAUGUAUUACCCAGUUUUUGUCUGCUUUAUAUUUUUUUCAGAUUUCGCAGGCAACAGUGAUGCCAAUUAAUCAAAACUUUGAUGAUGAAAUAAGCAGAGGCUCCACGUCUAAAUCCUAGUGGAGAAAUUUAACCAGCUUAAAUGUCUUUUGACAUCAGUUGGCUAAAGAGUAUGGUUAUGUUACAGUGCUGGUCACAGCCCCCUCCCCUGUAUGUUACAGUGCUGGUCACAGUUCCCUGCAUGUUACAGUGCUGGUCACAGUUCCUCCUCCAUAAAGUUUCAACCAAAGAAAAAGGAGAAUUUUACCUCUCCCAUCAAGGCACUCUUCUUGAAUGGCCAACGUAACACCCCUUCAUAUACAUUCAUAGCAUUAUUUACAUACUGUGAUUUUGAAGCUUAUUUUUCAGGUGUAUAACAAGUGUAUUUUAUUUUGUGUCAGGACAAUGAUUAUCGUAAUUAUCUCAAUCCUAUACUGGUAUCUGCUAAUAUUUAUGACAGUUAUUUGUUUGUAAAUCCAUGACAGACAUCAUACAUCUAAACAAAAUGAAAAGGAGUUUGGUGAAAUCUUAAUACAGAGGUGAAUAUCUUGUUUAUCUAACUGGAUGGUCCAAUGACACAAACAUGCUUCAAGCUACAUGAUUGAAGCUACAUGAUUAGAUGUGCUAUUUAACGCAACAUUAAAAUGUUAUCACUUCAUACACACACACAUGUUCAGGGUAAAGUCUGCAUCUUAUGGUGUGAAAAAUAUAGUCAUUUCUAUUAAUUAUAAUAGAUGUCAAUUUUUUAAAUGGCUAAUUUGCCCCCAAAAAAGUCACAAUGGACAUUUGUAAUAAAUAAUUGAAAACUUGAGAAACUGAUGUUAAUAUUUUUUGUGUGUGUGUGAGUGUUUUGAGUUCAAAAGUAAAUCAAAUUUUAAUAAUCUAGUCUGAAAAUUUGCCUUUUUGCUUAGAUAUAUAAUGAUAAUUGAUUUAUUCUGUGAUUUAAUUUGUCUAUUGGAGUUUUAUGUGCAUAGGCAGAUAAAAUGUUUUUUUUUCUUACAUUGUUAAUGCUGAGGAUGGCCAGUUGUGAUUUUUGUAGCUUUAUUCAACCCUGUAUUUUUUGUAGCAUUAUUAAAUUCUUUGUCUAUACAUAAUUUUUAAUAUUUGAGUUAAAAAGAUAAUUUCAAUCAGAUUUUGUAUAAAAAAUAAUAAUUUAUUCCAGAUUUUUUAUGCAUUUGUUUUCUACUUAAGUGCUUCAUUUAUGCAGCUUGUGAUAUUUUUUGUCGGCCUAAUUUGACAGUGUAAUCCAAAUGUGUACUGUGAUAAUUACUAGAAUAAUUUUUAAAAUGAUUUAUACCCAAAGUUUGUUCUAAACUUAAUUUUUUAAUACAAUUAAUUUAGUUUCUUUUUUUUUCUGAAUGUUUUUUUUUUUUUAUAAAUUAAACCAUUUCUUAAGCUAUUCAUUAACUCAAGUGUUUCUAAAUGGCACAUUUCUCGUUCCAUAUGCUAGGACAAAUUUGUACAAAUGCUAAAUUCUUCCCUAGUGCUAUUAGAGCAUGGAAUGGGUUUCAUGAUCCAGCCAGGAAAACCAGUGACUUGGCAGAAUUUAAGUCAUUGGUUAAUAUACAUGACUAGAUGCAUGACACGUAGGACAUAAUCAUCUUCUUGUUUGAAGUAACGUCUGUAUUUUAUAAGAUGAGAUGAAGAAAAAAUGUACCUGUAAAUUAUAAAAUACCAGUUAAUUUGUAAUUACAAACCAUUGUUUACCUAUUCCUGCCUUGUAGUAAAUGGUGGAAUGUUGGGUCAGCCAGCUUUCUAGAAAGUGCUAUGUUAGGUGACUUAAAAUUCACUAAACAGCUGGAUGGUGCUUUUUUUUUUCUUAAACUAUGUAUUGAAGAAGAAAGAAUAUCUCUUAACUGAAAUGUGGCAUUAUUUGGCAAAAGAUUUCAUGGUAUUCAGAACAAUAAAAAAUAGCACAAGGUAAUGGAAUAUUUUUUUUUAAAAGUUAGAUGGUAAAGAUAGAAAUCUUGUUGGAUCAUGCCUUUCCAUUCAGAAAUGUACUAGAUAUAAAAAGUAGCCUGAAAAUUUAAAAAACUAAUCUACUUAUGAUCAAGCAGUGUAUCAGACAUAUACAAAAAAUACUACUUUGGUGUUUUUAAUCUAUUACAUAAAUGCAAUGAAAUUUUGGUUUUGAUCAAACAAUAAGAAAAUGAGGCACUAAGUUUGUUUUUUUUAAAAAGAGAUUUCAAGAAUAUACAUAGUUUGUUUGAAAUCCCUAAAAAAAAACUGACCUCAACAAACUUUAAACAUGAUAGUAACCUUUGUCACAAAUGACUAAUUAGUAAAAAAAAAAUAACAUCAUAGGUAAAUAUACUCAAAGGCAGCAGAAUAAUUAGUGUACUAGUAUACAAAACACUAGACAUAGUAAAUAUAAAAAUGUAGAAAUAAAACCAUGUAAAAAACACAUUUCUUGUUCCUGCAGAUUAAGUCAAAUGCAUAUAAAACCUUUUCAAGUGCCAUCAAAUGUAAUGGUUUUCCUAAAUCAGACACUCUUUCUCUAGUGCUAUUAGAGCAUGGAAUGGGUUGCCUGAGCUAGCCAGGAAAGCCAGUGACUUAGCAGAAUUUAUGUCAUUGGUUAAUAUGCAUGACUAAAUGCAUAUAAUAUUUUAAAAUGGCAUUGUGUAAUAUUUGGUUAUUGAUAGAAUGUUGAUCUGGGAAUGUCAAAUGUUACUUGGAUUUAGAAACCUUGCCUGAUCCAAUUUUUUGUUUUUUGUAAAAAAAAAAUUCUCGUUAUAUAUUAAUCAGUUUUAUAGAAUGUACUUAAUGAUAUAAAAUUAAAAUAUCUUAAAUAAGUGAUGUACAACUUAAUUAAGUUAUUUUUGUUGUGUAAUAAUUGGUUAUUGAUAUAUUGUUGAUCUGGGAAUGUUGAAUGCUACUUGGAUUUGCAAACCUUGCCUGAUCCAAUUUUUUGUUGUUUUUUUUAAAUUUCUUGUUAUAUAUUAAUCAGUUUUACAGAAUGUACUUAAUAAAAUAAAAUGAAAUAAAAAUAUCUUAAAUAAGUGAUAUACAAGUUAUUUUAAAAUAUAACUUUCUGUAAUUGUAUGUUUUAAAUAGUUUUUAAUACUGCUAUUUAUAAAGCUACUUAUUAAUUAAUAACUCUGGACAGCUGAACUGACCAGAUUAUUUUUGCUUAUCUAAUGAAAUGGACAAACAUUGCUUACAAGCUGUUCUGAUGAAGUUACUUGCUAUUCCACUGGAAAUGCUAGCUUGAAACUAUUUUAACAAUGUUCAUUUAACUUGCAGAGAUAAUUGUAACUUACAUAGUUUGCUUAAUACAAAGGUCUACAAAGAUUUUCUAAGGAGAAAACUUAAAAUUGUUCAUAUUUUCACUGUUGAUUCAAUCUUUAAUAAAAUUGAGAAAAUCAAA